AUGCUGGUGGAGUUGAAGAACGGAGAGACGUACAAUGGGCACCUGGUGAACUGCGACGGAUGGAUGAACAUCAACUUGCGCGACGUUAUCUGCACAUCCAGAGAUGGAGAGAGAUUUUGGAGGAUUCCUCAGUGCUAUAUUCGUGGAAACACUAUCAAGUACUUGUGCAUACCCGAUGAGGUGAUCGACAUGGUGCAGGAGAACGCGCCCAUUCCCAAGCAGGGCGCCGCGGCUCGAGGUCGUGGCCGUGGUCGCGGUGGUCCGCGUGGCGGUAGGGGCCGUGGCGAGGGCGGCGACCGAGGCGGCCGCGGCGAUUACCGAGGCGGGAGGGGCCGUGGCGACGGUGGCGGCUACCGAGGCGGCCGAGGUGGUGGCCGUGGCAGGGGAGGGGUCUAG